AUGGACGGUUCUCUCGAGCUGCUAGAUCUAUGUGGCACCAUGCAAGAGAUCUUUGCCGAGAUGAAGGCCAUCAUACAAGAGCUGCAACUGUCUCUAAGGAAAGGGGAUGAUGCGGCUGCUCAAGCCAGUAUCCAAUCUUACACCAGCUUGGCGAAGAAGGCCAAGAAUCAUUUCAAGAAGACCACGAAGAAGAUUUCGGAAGAUUGCAGGAUGGUCAUGCUCUUGACCAAGGCCAGAGAGAUCUCUGUCUCUCUGCUCGAGUCCACACUCCAUCUCUUGUCGAAGCAAAUUGAAAUGCCUAAACGGUCUCUUGUUUCCAAGGCAUUUCACAGAAGGAAGUCAGUUUUUUGCAAGGAAGAGCAACUGUCAAAGCUACAGUGCAGCAUCAUAGAUCUUGAGAGUGGAGCAGGACAUCUGUUCAGGAAAUUAGUCCAGAGCAGAGUUUCUCUACUCAACAUCCUUAGCUCAUAG